AUGUAUCAUGUACCAGAUAGCUGGCCAACUUGUUUAAAUUACAGUAAUAAUAUCCAUAAAAUAGCAGAAAAGGGCACAGUUACAAUUGACGUCUUUGACGUUGUCAUCAUUGUUAAGUAUGUGACGACAGACAUGACAACAGAUGUGACGACAGACAUGACAACAGAUGUGACGACAGACAUGACAACAGAUGUGACGACAGACGUGACAACAGAUGUGACGACAGACAUGACAACAUAUGUGACGAAAGACGUGACAACAGAUGUGACGACAGACAUCAGAACAGAUGUGGCGACAGACGUAACAACAGAUAUGACGACAGACGUAACAACAGAUGUGACGACAGACAUGACAACAGAUGUGACGACAGACAUGACAACAGAUGUGACGACAGACAUGACAACAGAUGUGACGACAGACCUGACAACAGAUGUGACGACAGACAUGACAACAUAUGUGACGAAAGACGUGACAACAGAUGUGACGACAGACAUGACAACAGAUGUGGCGACAGACAUGACAACAGGUGUGACUACAGACAUGACAACAGAUGUGACGACAAACGUGACAACAGAUGUGACGACAGACACAACAACAGAUGUGACGAUAGACAGGACAAUAGAUGUGGCGACAGACGUGACAAAAGAUGUGACGACAGACGUGACAACAGAUGUGACGAUAGACAUGACAACAUAUAUGACGACAGACGUGACAACAGAUGCGACGACAUACGUAACAACAGAUGUGACGACAGACGUAACAACAGAUGUGGCGACAUACGUGAAAACAGAUGUGGUGAUGGACGUGACAACAGAU